AUGUCAUCCACUGUGCCGAAGUCAUCGAAUAUCUUCUGGCAUGAUUGCCCAGUUGGCAAGACUGAUCGCCAGAAGCUACUCAAGCAGAAAGGCUGUGUUGUGUGGAUUACAGGCCUCAGUGGUUCAGGUAAAAGUACGUUGGCAUGUACAUUAGGUCGGGAGCUCCACACAAGAGGGAAGCUUGCAUAUGUCCUUGACGGUGAUAACUUAAGACAUGGUCUGAACAAGGAUCUUGGCUUUAAAGCUGAAGAUCGUGCUGAAAAUAUAAGGAGAGUUGGUUUUACAGGAAUAGAUGACCCUUAUGAAGCACCACUGAAUUGCGAGAUUGAGAUCAAGGAAGUAGAUGGUGUAUGCCCUUCGCCUUCUGACAUGGCAGGGCAAGUGGUUUACCAGGACGUCAACCGGCAUGUUAGCCCGCAAAUUCUUGACAAGCGUGAUGCAAAUCUUCUCACUAGAUUGCCUUCGCUUCGCUUGCUCGAUCUGGUUUUGCUUGCCAGCGUCAACAACAAGCGUGGGGAUAAAGGUCGUACAUGCUUCACGGGAGUAAUGCGCUCGGUGCUCCGCGUCCGCGAACAGGUUGGACCCGGUACGCUGGAAUUGGCCAAGUACCACAGCAAGCGUGCUGCAACGUGCGGUUUUUACCAUGGUCUACUGUUCUAUCGUUCUAUGCAUCUCGGCACAACAGGAUCUGUCACCGCCAGGCGUCAGCACGAGAAAAAUGACCCAAGAGAUACGCCGUCUCGUGAUGAGGCUGAACGCUGA